UGGAGCCCUUCAGUCAGUGUGGCCCUUGGUGAGGCUGUUCAUUGAACAGGUUCCUGACUGAGAAGUGCCCAAUUCCUCCCACUGUCCAUAUUGCUCCCACGGCCCCAUCUGAAGGCAAUUCUAAAACCAUCAACAAACAUGGAUAUGGAGAAAAGCAAAAAUCCACCUAGACUUCUAGCUGCCCGCCCUGUUGUCACAAUGGAAGAGCUGCCAUUCUACAAAGUCUAUGCUGAGAUCAUCAGACCUACAAAACUAGCACCUAGGAACUCUGUGAUGUAUAAGAAGAUAAAGUUCCAUUUCAUAGCCAGCCCAGAAAAGUUGGAUGAAAUCCAAAGGACCAGUGAAAUCCAACUGAGACAUGAGGCGUUGACAUUUCAACUCCGGUUCUGUCUAUGGGAUACCCGGGGCCCUCAAACAGAUCAUCUUCCUCAACACCUGAGUAUCACGGUCAACGAGAAAAAAUGUUUCAUUCUGAAAGAGAGAGAGUUCAACAAGCACCCCAUCAACAUCACGGAACUGGUGCAUUUCUCGGAUGUGGAACCCAACACCAUAAAGGCCAGUUGGUCAGUGAAUGACAGGGAGGACUAUGCCAUGUCCCUCCGCUGGGUAAAGCAGCUUACCACAGACGAUUUACUACGGGAACUGAGAGCUAAGGACAUUUUCCCUGCAUACAGGACACGGGCCAUGAUCCAGGAGGAGAUGAAAGCCAAGGAAGGAGAAGCCACCGCCAGCAGCUUCCGUAUCUCCCUCAUAUGCCCGAUGGGACAGAGUCGUAUGUCCGUGCCCUGCCGCGCACUGUCCUGCUCCCAUCUGCAGACUUUUGACGCGGUCCAGUACCUGCAGCAGAACAAGGAGAAGGAGACGUGGAGAUGCCCCAUCUGUGUCAAGAAAGCAUAUUUCAAAAAUCUGGUUGUUGAUGAGUUCUUCCUUAAUGUCCUCGACAUCGGCCCCGACUUUGAAGAGAUUGAGUUUCUGCCUGAUGGGUCCUGGUUCCCGGUAGGGCCCAGGAGAAACUUGAGGGAUGACUGUAAUGCCCCUGGCCACAGGGGCUUCCUAGUGAGCCCUCCACCUGACUGCGAUACGGAGAUUCCUACCACUGCUCCAAUGCACAGCUUCUCGUCCAACGUGGAGCUGCAGAUUCCAGGCACCCCAGGGUCCAUCCCGGCCGCCAUGUCCAUGACAGAGAUGACAAGACCUCAGCAGCUUCAAGUCUUCCUCCAGGGUCCACCCCAGGUCAUGAACCUCCAGCAGUCUGGAUCUCCGCAAUCUUCCUUCCAGCUGAUCUCUACCAGGGCCUCCCCAGACCUGAAUUUUCCGCCUUGCUUUACGGUUGUUACACAGCUCUUUGCCUGGCCCACCCUCACCUCUCCAAACAGCAGCGACUACAACCGCGGCCUGCCCUGGGGCCCUCCAGCCCAAGUUCCAGCCCCAUUGCCACCCCCAGCCCCAGCCCCAGUGCCAGGGCCUGGCCCCUGUUCUGAAUGGAUUCCACUGCCACUCCCUGUUGGACUCGACCAACCCUGCAGCCAGCAGCUUUCUCUUUCUGGGUCCGGGAUGGGGCAAGGAAGGGGUGUCCCAGCUUUCCAGCAGCUGGUCAGAUAUCAGUCCCCUGCACCGGGCCUCUUCCCCCCCAGAGUCCAGAUCUUCCAACCUGCUGGACCCGUGGGAGAUACUGUGGCGGGCCCAUGGGGAAGAGGUACAUUCAGUCUGAACAUGCCCCCUCCGUUCCUGACCCCAGUGGACCCCAACAUGGGGGCUUGUCUCACCCAGGUGGGUAGCGCUUCCUCCUCCAGGGCAAAUAGCCAUCAGUCCAGACAGGCAAGAGGGGCUGCCAACAUGGACAGCUCUGAGCCUGAGGCACUCCCGUAAAGGGAGGGGGACAAACCCCACAGACCACUGGCUCUCCACUGGCCCCACUCCCUCCCCGCUCUCAGGUCACUGGGGAAUGGGGUGUCACCCCAUUGCCCUGCUCCCCUCAGGUUUAAGGUCCUGGUGCCCCCCCAACCCUCGAGUGCCAUAUCUGGGGCCUGUACUAGUAACUCUUCUUCAGGGGAUGGGAGCAAGGACACACAUGUGGCCCUGGUCUCUCUCUCUCUCUCUCUCCAUCAUCCCCACCACACCUUGCCCCUCCCUCAUUUAUUAUUGCUGUUUAAAGUUGGUGGGCAAGGUCCCCCAUUAGAACAGUACUGAAUUUUCUGACAAUUUUAUUGAACUUGGUAAAAGUGGAGUUGUUCUU